CAUUAAAUAGUGUUGCCUUGUGGCUUUCUGAGAACCUAACCUUCUUCCAUUGGCCCAGAGAAGCAGCGUAAUAAAUGACAAACCCUGCGAAGAUCGAGCAGCGCACUGACCCGAACUCGAGAAGAAGUUGGCAGCAUGUGGGAGGUCAAAGCCUGAGGUUUUGUGGAGAUGGAGAAUGCUUAGAGGUUUUACAUCAGCCGUUCAAGCUGCUUCACAGACGAGGUUGUUCAAUCAGUUGUCGCAAUGGAAGGCUCAGAAAAUCGUGAUGCGGACUUGGGGCUUGUGGGGAUGGGACUUCGUGUCUCUGUGUCCCCUGCACAAAAUGCCUUUUACAUCAUCCUGGUGUUGCUAGGAAUCCUGGGUAAUGCCACUGUGGUUGUGGUGAUCGGUAAGAGUGUGAUUAAGGACCACGGCGGAGGACGAAACUCGGACAUCAUCAUCAUUAAUAUGGCACUCUCUAACCUGAUGGUGUCUUUGAUGAGGAACAUGCUGCUUGUAAUCUCAGACAUAGGACUCGAGCUGUACUCAUCCAAAGAGUGGUGUCAGUUCCUGAUGGGUGUCUGGGUGUGGCUGCGAUCGGUCAACGUGUGGUCAACGCUCUAUCUCAGUGCAUUCCACUUCCAGACUUUGAGGCGCGUGGCUCCCAACAUGGGCAACCUUUACGGGGCCCGGAAUCCUGCCACCACCCUGCUGCUGAGUAUGGGCCUCAUCUGGCUCCUCAACUUUAUCUACUCCAUUCCUGCUCAUAUAUUUUCCACGAACGGGGAUGCGAACAGCACAGAGACUCUGAUGCUGGUGAGCAGCACGACGCGCCCCCUGCUGGGUUGUGUGUGGAAUUUCCCCUCCACCUACAGUGGCUUGGCCUAUGCCACCACCUCUAUAGUGAUCCAUGAGGUAUUUCCCAUAAUUCUGAUGGCUAUCACCAACAUGGGCUCCCUCUACACCCUCUACACCCAUGGCAGGAUGCGCAUCUCAGUACAGGACGGUCCGGUCAUCAAACGAGUGCCAGCUGAGAGGCGAGCGGCCAAGGUGAUUCUCGCUCUCAUUAUGCUCUUCAUUGCUUCCUGGGGAACCAGCAUUAUCUCCGUCAACUAUUUCAACUACAAUCAGGGCUCUUCGGCUGAUUUCCUCCUGGUCAUUGCUCGUUUUGCCAACAUUAUCUUCAUCGCCAUGUCACCUGCUAUCCUGGCUGUCGGCCACAGGAAACUGCGGUCCACUAUCAAGUCCUUGCUCUCGCACUGACAGAGCGACCGGCUGACAGGUCACUCUGCUGCAGCACUGGAGGUGCAGCUCACACAAUACUGAUAAUAUCUCUACCGUCAUCUCAAUAGUUAAUAGUUCUGAGGUUCAUGGUCAUUGGUGUGAGUGCUUAUUUAUCUCUGUACACCUUUGUUUGUAUGUGUGUGAGUGUGUGUGACUCAGAAUAGAAAGGCAAAGUGUUAAAACCCCAACAAGCCUAAAGGAUUCAUGUUACGUGACUCAGUCAGUAGACGGGGUUAUAGUACGAUUAUUUUUAUUAUGCAGUCCAAACAACAGGUCCUACCAAAAUGAAAAAUAUGUCCAAACUGAUUUAAUUUAAGAAUAAACUGCAACAUGUUUCCUUUAGUUUCCCAGAAAAAAUGUUAAUACUAUGCUUUAUAGGUUCAGUGUAAUGUUUUUUUCUCAACAUGAUGGCAUCCGACUACAUAUUUCAUAUUUUCAUACCUUGGGUGUAUCAACAUAAAAUAAUAUCGUAACUACUUACUUAAUAAACUUAUUGUGAGACAGUAGCCUCUGAUGCACCAUUUGACAUCUGGAUUUUUGGAUCUGUUUGCUUGAACCUUACAAAAGAUUUUAGUUACAAAACGCUGUGGAAAAGUGAAACAUGUUAUGAAGGAACAAUGCACGAUAUGUGGUAAAUAUAUGCAAUUGGACCAACAUUUCAAGGAACAAAAUGUCUCUGUAAUUUUCCCUGUUAUAUUUAUUUUUUAACUGUGUUGUGUUGGAUAUUGGAGACUGAUUGUACUGGGUUAGAUAUUUUUUAAAUCAUUAUACACUGUCAGAAAUAUAAUGGAGACAAACGCUGAUUUAUAAAAAUAAUCUCGAAUUCACAGCACAAAAAAACUUGUACAGGUGAUAU